GGUGCCCUGCGGGAGGCGGGGCUGCACCCGGAGCUCGAGCCCCUACGUUACUAACGGCUUUCUGUGAGUCUCGGCUUUUGGGACUGACAUGGUGAAGAGCGACUCCGACUCAAGCAAUAUGUCUGAGAAACGACAUCCCGACCACGUCGCGACUCAGCGGCUCCCCGAGUCCUUCAGGGAUAACUCCAAGGCAGAACUGGGACCCUGUGGAUGGAUUUUGGUGGCUUUCUCCUUAUUGUUCGUAGUUAUUACCUUCCCAAUAUCAAUAUGGAUCUGCAUAAAGAUUGUAAAGGAGUAUGAAAGAGUCAUCAUCUUCAGACUGGGUCGCAUUUUGCAGGGAGGCGCCAGAGGGCCUGGUUUAUUUUUUAUCCUGCCAUGCACCGACAGCUUCAUCAAGGUGGACAUGAGAACCAUCUCCUUCGAUAUCCCUCCUCAGGAGGUCCUCACUAAGGAUUCAGUGACAAUCAGUGUGGAUGGCGUGGUCUAUUACCGUGUUCAGAAUGCCACCCUGGCCGUGGCAAAUAUCACCAAUGCAGAUUCGGCAACCCGUCUUUUGGCACAAACCACACUGAGGAAUGCCCUGGGGACCAAGAACCUGUCUCAGAUCCUGUCUGACAGGGAGGAGAUCGCACACCACAUGCAGAGCACGCUGGAUGAUGCCACAGAUGACUGGGGAAUAAAGGUAGAACGUGUGGAGAUUAAGGAUGUGAAACUCCCCAUCCAGCUCCAGAGAGCCAUGGCUGCAGAGGCAGAAGCCGCCCGGGAGGCAAGAGCCAAGGUGAUUGCAGCUGAGGGGGAAAUGAAUGCGUCCAGAGCUCUGAAGGAAGCUUCCAUAGUUAUCACCGAGUCUCCCGCCGCCCUUCAGCUCCGGUAUCUUCAAACGCUGACCACUAUCGCUGCUGAGAAAAACUCCACUAUUGUCUUCCCUCUGCCCAUCGAUAUGUUGCAGGGCAUCCUGAGUGCUAAACACUGAGCUGGACAGGUCUGUGUAGAGCUGGGCUGACCCUCCCCAGGGCAGAGUGGGGACCAACUUAGCCUUUCACUUCAGGGAGAGUAGCAGGAAGCUUGACUGUCCCGUCCCUCCUCCCCGUCUGUAUGUAGAGUGAGGACCUCUUAGAAAGGACAGGAGUCCUAAGAGCAGCUGAGAGACUCACCUAGGAGCCAGGAGUGUGGCUCAGUAGUAGAGAACUUGCUUAGCAUGCCCAAGGCUCUGGGUUUCAUCCUCAGCACCAAAACAAAACAAAAUCACUGGCUUGUAAAUAUUGAGAGAGAGAUGGGUGAUUUAUGUACAAUGACCUUACUCCUUAUCUGAGUCUUUUCUUCAUUCUGUGGUAGGCUGACGCCCUCUUCUAACUUCCUUUAAGUCGUUCCCAGCCCUGUGUGAGCAGUCAAGCCAGGGCAAGGGACACAGCCUAGACAUGCUGCCCGACCCCACUGGGUAAUGCUCUGCACAGCGAAGACUUGUGUCACCCCCUCUGGGCUACCCGUGCCUUCCCUUCAGGGAAUCUUAAAGGAAGGACAUUUCCCCAGUGUUCAUCCACCCAAUCUAAGCCCAAACUGUGUUCUAGAAUAAUCCUCUCCUCCAUGAGCCUGUCAGAGAAAACGGUCAGAGUCAAUGGAAAGGCCCCGCUGGUCCUCCCGGGACCGUUCUUCCCCACUGUGGCGGUCUUUCUGAAAAAGGACCUUUUUAAAAAAGUCGUGGUCCUCACGACUUGAUGAUCCCUUUCUGUGUUGCCGUUAAAAGCAGCUACAGUCUUGUCACAGAAGUGCUUUUUUCUCACUUUUGCCUAUUUCAAUGUAUCAGGUUUUUUAAUCACUUUGAUUUUUAAAAAUAACUUUCUAAGUUCUAUAAAUAAUUGCUGUGUGCCCAUUUGAAUAGAUUAAGUACCGAAGUACUUUUUAAAAAUUCUUAAGAAAACCAUAUACUGUGAAAUAUUGUGAUUACUAAUCCUAUUUAAGUAGUUUAAGGAAUUGCUGACACAUGGAGUGUGUGGUUCCUGAUCUCGCAGACACCCAUGCUGAGCUCUCAGUGCGGAGGGAGAGUGCUUAUGUUUGACUAGUUUUUUGUUUUGUUUUGUUUUGUUUUCAUACAAAACGUUGAUUCCAAUAGAGGAGUAGUUGGUCCCUCUGGACCACAGUUUCUUAUUGUGAUAUCCCUCCCUUGGCCUGGAAAGCUUGGUGGUGACUUUUGCGAAAUCUUUGAGGCUUUUGAUUCACCUGGAGAAGCCGGAAAGAACGUUCCCUGUGUCGAGAGCAGCAGGGUUCACAUCCAUUAGCUGUGCAGCCAGGCCCACGUGGAGCCUGCCCUCCCUCACACCGUUUCUAAGCCUUGAGCCCAGCUGGGUUUCUAGAGGUGUCUAGAGCAUUCCUGCCCAGGACUCAAGUUGCAUUUACAUUUUGAAUUUAAAGUGAUGGGUUCAUCUGUUUGGAGGCGACUCGCCUUCCACUGAGGACCCGGAAACCCAUGUCCUGGUGGAAACACCUUCUCAGAGCUGGAAAAUGGUACACUUGUCCUCUAAUUUCUCUCUCCAGACACCAGCUGGCCUUUGCUUCUGUGCCUUGUGAAUUAGCAAUCCAGUAGGCUGUAGUCAGGUGGGGGGGAGGAAAUCGAGCUAGGGAAGGGGUGUUGGUGUGCGGUUUUGACGAGUCCACCCUCAGCCAUGGCAAAUAAAGUGUGUGCCCUGUGA